GAUUAGUAUUUCUUGAAUUUAAAUGAAUUUUCCUUUGAUUUAAAUGUAAUAAUCAGUGAUUUUAUCAUAAUAAUUUAAUUGAAAAAUUCUAGGAAGGAAAAAUUUCGUUUAUCACUUGUAAAGUGUACAAUACACGGAGCUAUAUAGAUCUGUAUAUAUUGAAAUGGACCAGGCAGCUCACAUGAAUAGCAUAAGCAAAGCAUGCAAUGAAUUUAAGAAGCAAUACGAUUCCUGCUUUCAUGUGUGGUUUUCUGAGAAAUUCCUGGAAGGUUUUCUACAACUUGGUGAUCUGUAGAAUUUAUCAUGGAGAUGUGCAGUGAGCUAAAGAAAAAUUAUGAUGCCUGUUUCAAUAAAUGGUUCGCUGAAAAGUUUUUAAAAGGAGAUACAAAUGAUUCAAUGUGUGCUCCUUUUCUCAAAAUAUAUAAAGCUUGUGUUAUGGAAGCUAUGAAGGAACAAAACAUUGAAUUGAAAGAAAUUGAAGAAAAUCAUUUAGGAACUGAAAAAGAAAAAAAGCAGCCAAGUUGACAAUAGGACAAUAGUAAAUCUAUAUAUUAAUUUUCAAAUAAAUUAACUCUUAAAACAAUGAAAUAAUGAUAGAUAGACAUAUUCUAUGAAACUGCAUAUAAUUUAUAUUAUUUAUAAUUACGCAAACUAGUAUAUUAAAUCUUUCACAGUUAAAACAUUGCACAUAGAAACAUUCUAUUAAGUAUAUGCUAAAUAUUUUUAUGUUUCCUCUUUUUAUUCUACAAAAUGUAGAAUAAUAUUAAAUAAAAUAUCAUUAUAUAAUAAUUAA